CCGGCUCCAUGGAUUGACCUUUUCCAUGUUUUCCUUCUCCGUGCAAACUGUCAAGGUUGUAAUUUCGUCACCAUGCAUGACAUGUUUAUCUAUAUCGUGUAAUAGUUCAACCACAAAGCAGAACUCCACAGUACAACGCCAUGAAUGAUAUUAUCAUGGAGGAGGUCCUUCCUCCAUGAUAUUAAGGCAGCUUCUGAGAGGGGACUGCGCCCGUUGCAACCCACCAGUGACCCGGAACGUGAUCAGGUGAUUUUGCCAAAUUAACGCAGAGUCACCAUGGGCCAAACUGUCUCCGGACUCAUCCAGCCAUGGAUCCAACCUUGGGCAGAGUAUUUCUUCGACUGGAAACUUCAACGCUACAUUUCCAAGUUGAAGCCGGAAGAUCUUAGAUUAUGGGAAGUGUACGAUUUCGAGGGCAUACCUCUCAGGCCGGAUGUUCUCCCGAGCACGAUGGAUGAGCUGAAGACACUGGAGAUCCGACAGGAUGACGUGUUCAUUGUCACCUAUACCAAAGCAGCUGAUCACUACAUUUCAAAGAGGAUCUCCGAGCAUGGGAAGUGUACGAUUACGAGGGCGUGGUUCUCAGGCUGGAUAUCCGCCCGAGCACGAUGGAUGAGCUAAAGACACUGGAGAUCCGACAGGAUGACGUGUUCAUCGUCACCUAUGCCAAAGCAGGUAUUCAUACGCAGACAAGUCCAUGAUUGAAGGAUUGAAGUUAAUAGGAAUGAAUGCUAUCAAGAUGCCCUCACACUAGCUAUACAAGAAAACAAUUGUGUCACACAAUGAUGAUUUCAGAAGCUUUCCUCACGGUAAUGUCUGCUCAGUCAUGCAUGACCGUUACAAAAUGACCCUGG